GUAAGUUUUAAGUUUACACGGAGACGGGUUGUGAUCAGAGUUGUUACACUUCUCAUCAGCACAGCUAUAAGGAAACAAAACAUGUGGAAUAAUGCUUUCAAUUGACAUAUGAACACACAAUUGGUUGAAUAUUCAUCUAGUGAUGAAGAAAAAACUGAAAAACUGGAGCUGCCUACAAUACUUCAAGAUUUAAAUUCUGAUUCCUUUCGUUUUUUUGUUCGUGAAGAUGAUCCUUCGAAGCAUGAUUUUCGUAGUAGAACUUUUCCUCAUGAACCUGGGAGUUGGGCCACUUCCGUGUAUAUUGCAUGUUCUCAUUUGCAUUCUAGAAUACUUGAGGCGAUCAAAGACCCCGUAGUUCAAUCAAAUCCUGUAAUGGGUGAUUGUUAUACUGUGGAUUCUCCUCACAUAAGUUUGUCGAAGACAUGGCCUAUUUAUUUUCAUUGGAUUGAAAAUCUCGUUUGUAAUCUUCGUUCUGCUGUAAGCUCUUUUGGAAAGUUCUGGAUUGCGCUUGAUGACGUAGAAGUUCUUGUAAAUGAAGAAAACACACGAUCCUUUUUCACUUUAGUAACUUCUGAAGAGUCACGUAUAGCACUGAUAUCUCUACUCAAUUCUGUUGAUUCAUGUGUCACUGCGUUUAGAGGGCCAAAGUAUUAUGAAAAUCCUAAAUUCCAUAUGAGUUUUUUGUGGUGUAAUGGGGAUGUUCGUAAGAAGUAUUCAACAGAAACACUAAACAGUUUUUUGGUAAGACAACAUUUUUCUAUGAAUUAUUCAUAAAGAUGGAUUUGCGAAAAGCAAUAU